AUGGCUGAUUCAGAUGAAACUAUUCUUGCACCUCGAUCAAGAGCACCAAUUAAUCAAACUGGAGUUAGGCUUUGGGAGCUGCAAGAAGAGACCCAAGACACAGAAUUGAAUAUGUUUAUACAAAAAGACAAUACUGAAAACAAAGCAAUAGAGAUAAAUGCAACAAAAACAUAUCAAGACAAAUCAACAAGUACAGACACAAGAAGUGAAGAAAUUGAAUUAUCAUUUGCUAAAAACACUUUUAAGAUUGAUAAUCAAAAAGAUCCAAAAUUUACAGUCCUUAAAAAAUGGCGGGAACGCCAAGCAAAAGCUAAACACGAACGAGCACGAAGAGUUGUUAUUAAUUCACUAAAAGAAAAAUUUAGGGGAAUUCAACGCCAGGCAAAUGUAGAUGCUUUUGAGAAUGGUAAUAAAGAUUACAUUCAUGAAAGUAUUCCAGCGACUGUAAUAACUGAGGAUGUAGAAGACACGUCAAAUUUGAAUGGAAAUUGCGACUAUGGAGGGCAAGGGAAUUUCGAUCGUGAAACUGGUAGUAUUAAUGUUUAUAAUAGUACUAUGGUAAACGAGGUAGUCUGUCACGCAAGGAAACUUCAGAUGGGGCCAGGUGGUGAGCUGGCACAGUGGAGGCUUGCUCUUCGCGGUAGUAGGGCGGCGGGUUCGGAGGGUGGACUACGCGGGACUGUAAACGAAGUUAUGCCGUUGCCUGCAAGGGAAGGAUUGACAACGCCGAGGAGCGCUCGAGCUUCCAUAGGCCGGAGACCUAGUACGCUUCCACAUCAGCGUUUAAAAAAGGAGAAGUCUCCCGAUAGUCCACCGGAAAUGGAUUCACCGGGGAGUGGAAGUAGUGACUUACGGCGGCAAAAUGAAGAGCUUCGUGCACGUCUGGCGGGGGAGUCUGCAGAUCACAAGCGCAGGCUUGAUGCUUACCGUCGAGCUCAGCAAGGACAAGCUGCCUUAGUGUCACGACUUCAAGCAAAGGUGCUCCAGUAUAAGCAGCGCUGUGCUGACCUGGAAAAUCAAAUGCUGGAAUCGACACCACGAAGCGAACCUUUUUCAUAUCGUCAGCCCAGUAAAACCAGUAUCGCACUCCCGGCGCCGGCCGCUCUUUCAACUCCGUCCACUUCGGAUAAUCGUAGAGAUGAGACAAUUAACGACUUGGAUACGGCAUUGCGACGGCUUGAUGAGGAGAAACGGAAGUGUGAAAAACUAUUGUCACAAAACACCUUACUCCGUGAACAGCUAGAAGAGUCCCACCAGCUUAAUGAAGCCCUUACCAAUGAUUUGCAAAAACUUACUAAUGAUUGGGAGGCUCUCCGUGAUGAAAUGGCUAUUAAGGAAGACGAAUGGAAAGAUGAGGAACAAGCUUUCAAUGAUUAUUACUCAAGUGAACACAACCGCCUUCUCAAUCUAUGGCGCGAGGUGGUAGCAGUGAAGCGCAUUUUCUCCGACCUGCAGACCAGCACUGAACGAGACUUAUACAAAGUGAAAAAUGAUUUUGACUCUGUUGCAAGGGACCUCGUUGGCACAUUGAGUGGAUAUGCUAUCAAUGCUUUCGCUGCUCAGACUACUAAGCCGGAGAAGCUGGAGCCGUCCUCUACACAGCCGGUCGCGGGCGGUGCGGAGGAUCUGCGGGAGGAGCUGCGCGCGGUGACGUCACAGCGCGACGCGGCCGCCGCCGAGCUGCGCGAGCGAGACGCACGUAUACAGCGCCUGCUCGCCGAACUCAACGCAUUGGAGGAGCGUUGCGAAUGCGCAGAGUCGCUGUGCUCCGAAGCGAACGUGAUGCGCUCGGCUCUGGAGGAAGUAGCCCGCGCGCUCAUACACGACUCUGAGUCCGACUCGGCGCCUUCGCAUAUGCAUUUGACAUCUGACAGGUCACCUAAGCGCACAGUUUCACAAUCGGCCAACGCGACAGCUUUCGCAGAAAGCACCAUAUCAGCGGUCCAGGCGGCGCUGCACAAGUACCAGAUACAAAUACACGAGUUGCAGGUGAAGCUACAGAACACCAGAGAACAGUUGACAACAAGCAGGAAGCACUGCGAAGCGGCCGAUUCGAAUAUCGCCUCGCUUGAAAGUAAAGUUCAUGAUCUUCAAGGAAAACUAGACCAAACAAACGCUGAUCUCAACCAAGCCAUUCAAGAGAAAGAGUCACUGCAGAAGACUGUAGAAAUACUAAGAAUAGAUAAGAAUAAUCUAGAACGUAAUAGAUUGGAGAUUAAUGCCAUGGUUGAAUCUCUGACGUCGGACUACGAGAAGCUGCAGAAGAUAAACUCUCGUUUAGAGAAGAAUAUAGAAGCGCUAGAGAAUGAGAAGCGAACUUUAACUGCUGAAGUGGACCACUUGCACCGCGAAGCAUCUAACAGGGAAUCGGUUUUGAGGGCUGAAGAAGAGCGCUCGUCGAGGCUUCGUUCGGAGCUGGUGUCAGUGCGCGAGGAGCUGAACAAGACCGCACUGGCCCGAGACCUGCUGGACCAGCAGAAGCUGGAGACCGAAUCCAUUCUGUCACAGAUGGAAAAACACAGAAGUGAACUUGAAAUAGAACUAGAGAGAACUAUUCUCGAGCGUGGCGAUCUGCAGGACUUGGCGGAGAAGUUAGAAUCGGCGCUGAAGAACCUCGAGGCUGAUAAGAAGAAGCUGCAGGAAGAAAUUAAACAACUGGAAGAGGAGAAGUGUACGCUGAGUAAGCAGGCGUCGGAGCUGUCGGGCGACUCGGGGUCGCUGCGCAAGGAACUGCUGAGCGCGGAGCAGGAGCGCCUCGCGCUGCGGGCUGACGUGGCCGCGCUGCGCGACCAGCUGCAGCAGCUGCAGCACCAGCGCGACGCACUGCAGCUGGACCUGCGCCACGUCACCAGGGAGCGUGAUGAAUUAAAUUCGCAACUAACAUCUAUGGCUCGUAAGAAGGACGCGUUGAACGAGGAGAUCAUCAGAUUGCAGCAGAGACUCGAGCAAGCCAACGAGACCAUUGGCCGCCUCAACCGAACCAUUGAGGAUCAUGUUAAAGACGGUGAAGAGAAACAGAUUGCAAUGGAUAAGUUGGAGAAGGAGAAGCAAAACCUGCACGAACAACUGGCCAGCUUACGGUCGGAGAAAGAUGCGCUGGAAGCUGUGCUCUUCGACACUUCCAGCCUGCUUGAAGACGCGGACUCGCGCGCCAACAAGCUGCAACAAGAACAGCAAGAGCUGCAGCUGCAAAAUGAGAAACUCAAAGGUCAAAUAUCCCGUCUGACCAAAGACCUAGAGAACAGCGAGAAGAAACUUCGAGAAACUAAGAACAAUUUGCAGCAGCAAACUGGCAAGAAAGAAGCGGAGUACCAACAAAUUAUCACCAACAUCAGUCGGACCACUACCGAAAACAUCACAAAGCUGAAAGAAGAGAAAGAGCAACUCCGUCAAGCCCUGGAACAAAAAUUAAACCAGACCAUAGCGACAUUGACGAGUGAGAAGGAGGCAUCGGAAGCCGGCGCGAGGGAAAGAGAAAAGAAGCUGCUGGCGAUCAGAGACCAACUGUUAUUACAGCAUGACGAAGCCAUGCUGCGCGCGGAGAACGAUAAGCAACAGGCUCUGUUAAUGGCCCAUCAAGAGCACCAGGCGCUGUUGGAACGCCUGGAGGAAGCGAAACGAACCCUGAACUGCGAGCAGAACAAGCUGGAGCGAGUACGACGAGACGCGCAGGCCAAAGCCGAGCAGGACAGGACACAAAUGAACCUGUUGAAGGAGGAGCUGGCUGCGCUCAAAACAAAACUCGACGAGGCUAAGGCUUCCGCGGAAGACGAAUGCUCUCGCUACGAGAACCGCAUCAAAGAACUGCAAACAGAGAAGGAGGCGUUGUGCCGCGAGGGACAAGAACUGCGCGCUCAACUUACACUCGCUGAAGACAAGCGAGAUUGUACGCAUGCACAACUACAGGAUACUCUGAGGAAGCUAAAGGAAUUGGAGAACGAGUUCGAGAGCGUACGUAAAGAGCUCACGGAAGUUCGUCGGCAACAAAGCGCUUGUUCUGCCGAACGGGAGCAGCUGGCGAAUACGUGUCGGGAACUGCGGGAGCACGUGAAGCGCGCCGAACAUGAACGACGGGAAGCUGCGAGAGCACGGGACGACGCCUACCACAAGAUCGCAGCUUUGGAAGAGUCGCGUGCGUCGCUGGAGGCGGAGUUAUCGCGUAUGCAGGCGCUGCUGAAGGAGGCGGAGUGUGGCGGCGAAGCCAACGCGCGCUCGUUGCGGGCCGCCGAGGGGCAGCUGAAGCGAGAGCGAGCCGCGCUCGACCAGGCGCAACACGACAUCAAGGAGCUGCAGUCUAGGCUGCAGAACGAGAGCGAGGAACGCGAGCGGUGUGCAGGCGAAGCGGCGACGGCGAAGCGACGCGCGGCCGAGCUGGAGGCGCUGCUGCAGAGCGCGCGCGCCGAGCUGGCCGCCUGCCGCCAGCGCUGCGCCGACCUGGAGCACGCCUGCCACGCCCGCGACCAGGAACUGGUAUUACGUCUAGAAGAUUGUCGUUCUAAGGAGAGGCGACUGGAAGAACUCAAACAUAAUUUGGAGGUGUGCCUCGCUGAUGCCACUCAGCAGAUACAGGAACUUAAGACCCGCCUAUCGGCGUGCGAGAGUCGGUCGCGCGCGGUGGAGGCGUCCUUGUCGGAGAGCGAGGCGGCGCGGCGCGAGGCGGAGUCGCGGCUAUCGUCUGUCGCACACACGCUGAGGCGCGUCUGCGGACUGCAGCCCGACGGCAGCGUGGCGCCCGCGCGCCGCCGCCUCGCCAGCCCCGUGCGCCGCUACAGCCCGCACAGAGGUCGCGAUCAUUCAGAAGACCGCAACGAGAUCAUAGACGUUGAUCCUGAGCUCAUCAAGAAGGGUGCUCGCAAUUUGAUGCACGAAGUCUGUCAGAUAGAGCGAGAGAAGGACGAUUAUAAAGCUCAAGUGCAGUCGCUCAAGAAACAAUUAAAAGAGGCGACGGAACAGCACGGCAAGGGCGAAGGCAAGCUGCAGUCGCUGAGCAGCAACUUGCGCACUCUGCAGGAGGAACGCGCGCGGUUGCACAGUACCGUCGUGCAGAAGGACGCACAGUUUAACGCGCUGAACGAGUCAAUACAAUCAAAAACAGUGGAGAUAAGCAACUUGAAAGACAAAAUAACCAGUUUGGAAGUGACUUUGAGCUCUGUCACCGAAGAAAAAGUUCUAAAUGAGAAUAAAUCUGAGAGCUUAAGGGCGCAGCUAGCUGAACGUGUUCAAGAGAUUGGUCAAUUAAGAGAAGCAUUAACAGCAGCUGAAGGACGCGCGGGGCGGCUGGAGGUGCGGCGCGCGCAGCUGGAGGGCGAGGUGCAGCGCGCCGCGGUGGCCGCGCGCGACCGCGACCAGGCGCUCAAGAAACUUCAAGAUCGUUGCGAAGGCUAUCAGCGAACGAUAUCAUCACUUGAAGACCGUUGCACUUCCCUCAAAGGCACCGUGGAACAACUAUCGACAUCGCUGCAGAAGGCCGCCACCGCUGAAAGUGAGCUUAGGGCGGAACUAAGUAAGAUACAACGAAUGCUCAACGAGGCCAAGAAUAACGAGCAAAACGCAUUGGAAAAACUCAGACAAAUACAGAAGAAUGUUGCCAACUGCGAAAACGAACGGCGAGUACUAUCAGAAAAAUUAGAAAGUGCAAAGACCGCUUUGAGUGAACUGAAGCGGUUGAAUGCUACUCUGGAGGACCAAGUGCACAGGUUGACUAAUCAGCUGGCGAAUGUAGAAGUACAGAGAUCGAGUCUAGAGUCGCAGCUGCGCGUGUCUCAAUGGGAGGGCAAGGGGGUGGGUGUGAGCGGCGCGGGCGGCGCGGGCGCGAGCUCGGGCACGGGCGAGGCGGAGGGCGAGCUGCACGCGCUGCAGCGCGAGCGCGCCGAGCUGCGCGCGCAGAACGACGCGCUGCGCGACGCCGUGCGCCGCCUGCAGCGCACGCACCUGCACCACGUCGCGCUCGCACCGCCCGUGCGCAGCAAGAGCCACGACCGCGACAAGCCGCCCUACUACUGUGAUAUUGACUCGGGUCCGGAUUCAACGAAGGACUCCAUCCGUGAACUUAAAGAAAAAUGCACCUGUAGGGGUAGAGGUUUCAACGCGGAACUGAGUCUCAUUGAGCUGGAGAACCGAGAGCUGCGGAUGAAAAUCAGGCGUUUAGAGAAAGAACUUGCUGAUAAGGAAGCCGAGCUAUCAGUAGCACGGAGUCGAUUCCUCAGUGAGCUGUCUUCAGACGGACCGUCCCGUCGUGAAGAUGUGGAGCACUACAGGCAGGCGGCCAUGCAGGCUGAACGACUGCUUGAAGCGAGGGAGGCCAGCCAUCGCCAGCAAAUUGUUCGCCUCGAGAACCAGGUAUGA